AUGUUGCUUCUUCUUCCAUUGCUUGUUCUCAUCACCCCCUCUCUUGCUAAUUACCAUUACAUCCCAUACGAAUACAAAAGUUCUAUGAUCGAGCCUUUAAACCUCGAGUCUAACUUAUUAGAAGAGAAAUCAUAUCACGAACCAUACUACCCACCCGAUUAUAAAUCUUAUAGAGAUAAAAAAUCAUAUUAUGAUUAUCCGCCUACCUAUUACAAAUAUCCCAAAGAUGACAAACCAUAUUAUGAAUAUCCACCUACUUAUUACAAACCACCUAAAGACGAUAAGCCAUAUUCUGAAUACAAACCACCAACUUAUUACAAAUAUCCCAAAGAUAAGAAACCAUAUUAUGACUACCCACCUAAAGAUGAUAAGCCAUAUUAUGAAUACAAACCACCAACUUAUUACAAAGAUCCCAAAGAUAAGAAACCAUAUUCUGACUAUCCACCUAAAGAUGAUAAGUC